AUGUCUAGUAGAAGUACAAGCGGCUGUUGUGGCGCCCUGGCGCUGCUACUCGUGGUGCUCGUGUUAGGUCAGGGCGUUCAAGGCGCCGUCGCGGCGGUGGACUACGGCGACGCGAUGGCGAAGGCGAUUCUGUUCUUCGAGGCGCAGCGGUCGGGGCAGCUCACGGGCGCGGCUAUUCCCACCACCAUCUCGUGGCGCGGCAAUUCCGGUCUUUCCGACGGCACCGCGCAAGGGGUGGAUCUGCGCGGGGGGUACUACGAGGGCGGCAGCAACGUGAAGGCGGGGCUGCCGGGGGCGUUCGCCGCCACCAUGCUCGCGUGGAGCCUCGUUGACUUUGGCCGCCACAUCCUCGCUGCGGGCGGCACCGCGCAGCUCUCCGGCGCGCGCGACGCGCUGCGGUGGGCGACGGACUACCUCAUCAAGGCGCACACCAAACCCGAGGAGCUCUGGGCGCAGGUGGGCAGCUCUGAGCGCAGGUGGGCAGCUCUGGGCGCAGGUGGGCAGCUCUGGGCGCAGGUGGGCAGCUCUGGGCGCAGGUGGGCAGCUCUGGGCGCAGGUGGGCAGCUCUGGGCGCAGGUGGGCGGAGAAAGGGAGAAAGGGAGGGGUGCGUUCGGAGAAGAGGGGGAUGCGGGGGGAGAAAGGGAGGGGUGUAGGGCCAAGUGGGGUGGCAAGGUGGGCGACGUGGUGACGGACGGGGCGUGCUGGCAGCGGCCGGAGGACAUGAGCACAUCGCGCACGGCGUACCGCAUCAAUGCCACCCGCCCCGGAUCCGACCUCGCCGCUGAAUCCGCCGCCGCCCUCGCCGCCGCCUCCCUCGCCUUCCGAGACGCCAACGCCUCGUACGCCGCCUCCUGCCUCGCCCACGCGCAGCAGGUCUUCUUCCUCCACCCGCCAGCUGCCUGCAGCAUUCUAGUUCCUCCUCUCCCUUCCUCUGCCAUCCCACCGCAUGCAUCCCUACUCUCCUCCAGCCUCUCGUCCCCCUCAACUCUACUCUCCCCCCAUUCUCCAAACCAGCUGUUUGUGUUUGCUGACAAGUACCGCGGUGUGUACAGCACGGUCGUCCCUGGGGCGGCGCUCAAGUUCCCCUCCACGGGCUACACGAUCUAA